UAAGUUUUAUUCUGCAAAUCUAUUUCAUGCAUUCAUAUGAAUAUUCAUAAGCCCCAUUUAUUUUAUUGGGUAUAGGUAGGCGUUGUCAUAUUAUGUAGAUCUUUGCCUGAAUUAGUGAUAUUGAUUACAGCUCCCGCCAAUUUGAGUCACUCCACACUAAGUCGUCGAUGAAGAAGUAUAUCAACAUGUCUUGGUCAAAGCGAGAGCGAGAUCCAUCCAACAUCGGAUUGCCUCAUUUUCGCAACCCGUUUUCCUUUCAUCUGCUUUUAGCCCAGAGUGAUGACGUCUUGUAUAAAUGGCUAGAGGACAAUCGUUUCAUCGCAUCGCAGAUAUUUUGCGAAGUUUGCAAAAGGCCUUGCAAGGCAAUUAAGAAAGUUGGAAGGAGAGGAGGCAGAAUCUGGAGGUGCCGAGGAACUGUGAGAUGGCCUCAUGAGAAGAGUUAUUCGGGCCACUCGUUUUCACUUUUUGAGGGAACUCAUUUUGACGUCCGGGAGAUACUCAUCUUUUUAAGAGAGUGGAUCUUAGGAUCUACGCUUCACCGCUGUGCUGUGGAAUCCGGGAUGGAUUAUAAGAAUUCCGCCGUGGACUGGGCGAAUUUUUUGCGCGAUCAUUGUCGUAAAUUCGUCCAUGACUUGUAUUACGAGUUGGGGGAAAAGCUUCGAGGAGAAGUCGAGAUUGAUGAGAGUCUAUUUGGGAGGAGGACCAAGUACCACAGGGGAGAUCCUCGCGGACUCAAGAUAUGGAUCUUUGGAAUGGUCGAAAGAUCUACCAACAGGAUUGUACUCUACCCCGUUGAGAGAAGAGAUGAAAACACUCUGCUUCCAUUAAUCGAAAGGCAUGUGGAAAAGGGGUCGACGAUCUAUUCGGAUGGAUGGCGUGCCUAUUACAGGCUGAAUGAGAUAGGAUAUCGCCAUUUCACUGUUGAGCACUCCGACACAUUUGUGCAGAAAUAUCGAGAUACGACAACGGGAGAGGCAACCACUGUUCACACCAACACAAUUGAAGGUGCCUGGAAGAGUGGAAAAGAUCACUUCAGGAGAAUGAAUGGCUGCAAAGCAUCGACAUUCGAGUCACAUCUCUGUGAAGUAAUAUGGAGAAAUAGGAAUGCGGCAAGCAAACGCCCGCUGAUCCCUGCGUUCAUGGAUUUGAUAAGGGAUCAUUAUCAUCUCAGAGGAAAGCCCAAUCUAUGCAUGAAAGUUCCUCUCUUCGACACAUGGCACGCAGACAAGAAAGACAAGCUAAUGAGAGAGGAAUUAACAGGCGACACCCCUGUCAGGAUAGAUUCUCCUCCAAGAGCAUCGCCCCCGUUGUCUCCCAGAGACGUCCCCGGACCGUCAGGCAUCCAUCCACAAGCCGCAUCAUCCGUGCCUUCGUCACCCUCGAUUCCCACCGUCAAGCGCGUCCUCUCGCCGAGUUCUAGCAUCGCCAGUCCAUUCCGUGCAACAUCGCCAUCUUACGGCCGAAGCAAGAAAGGCAAGGGGAAGAAGAAGCGUAAGAGUGACACGGUUACUGGCACACUGCAUCAUCCUCCCGGCUUUGUACCGAUUGACAAGAAAGGGAAAGCAAAACUUCAGAAGGACAAGAGUGUCAAUGUGUAUGAUAGGCAAAACUUCGUCGCAGAUUGGGGAUCAGACGACGAUGAUUUCCAGUAAAUGAGUUCCAGAAAACAAAAAAACAGUGUUCGUGUUUUUAACAGUUAAAUGGAGUUUUAAUUCAGACUGGUUUUUACAACUUUCUAGUUACAGGCCUAAUUUUGUGGCAAUUGGAGUUUGGAAACUUUGUAUUAAUGACUUUGAAGAAAUGAAUUGUUGGAUUUUACUACUCUCAUGAUCAUAUGGAUAUAAAUUUGGAUCUAAUUCACAUUUCGGUAAGACCAUAGUUAUAGUUACUGUCAAUGAUGUAAAUUAUUUUUGAAGAAGAUGUGUACUAAUGCUUGGUUAUAUUAGCUUGUGAAAGGGACUUGUGCAUUUUAAAACAUUUUAUUCAUGAAAAGUGUCAUUUUAGAUUUAAGUCCAUCUUUUCUGAUCUAUAUCACAUUUCAAUUUAUUUAGUAAAAUAAUCAACCAUUGAGACAUAUCGGCAAAGGGCCUAUCACUAUAUAUUUGAAUUAAUCAAUUUUGUAAAACUUUUAUUUUCCAGGAUCUCUUUUGGCAACACCCUGGUUAAUGACAUGCUCUACAUUCUUCCCCUCAACUUGAUAUGACAGCAACAAAUUUUCAGAAAAGCUAAUCAUCCGGAAUAGCCUAUUUCCUGAUAUCCUCCGCCGGUUUGCCUGCAGGAACCUUGCUGACUUCGGCCGACAGCGAACAACGUGAUCCCCUAACCGCCAAAACCUUCUCCGAACU